ACUGUUACAUUUUCAAAGUAACCUUCCCAACACUGCUGACGGUGAAAUGUAUUUUGUUUGUAGACAGAUAGUGUUUAUCCUGGUCAAAAUAAACAUAAGUUGUUACAAUACCCAAAACAUUGAAAGAAAAACAUCAAUAACAAAACACAGUUUAUAUAUAGAAUGUAUCUUUUAUCAUUUAGAAAAGCAAUCUCGUUGGCUGUCUCUCUGUCGGUGUCCGCCUCGGCGCUCCGUACACGAGCUCAGACCGAAUGAACGGAAUCCGCUGCUCGGUAAUCAACCCCACCGGCUCGAGUUCGUUUAUUAUAUUGAGGGUAAGUGUGAUUAAAUACGCAAGGAAUUAUGAUCGUGUCGAUGUGUGCAGUGUGAGCUCCAGCACAUCAUCAGUGUCUGGCGCUGCGUGCGUCAUGAUUUCUCUCGCGCUGCGUCGCUGUGACUCCGGUUCCGACGCGAGCACCGACGCGUGCAGAUGUUCGGCGGAGGAUCCCUGCAGACGACAUUUUAUUCUCCUGUCAAAUGUGCAUGCUUGGCUGAUUUUCCCAAAACGAGCCGCUGUUUGAUGUUUCCAUCAUCCGACUCUGAUGAAGCCUUCUUCUCCUGCCUCAUCAUUAUCAGCAUCAUCAUGUAACACGGAAGACCUGGACAAUACAGUCCUUUUACAAACGGAGGUUCCCAGGCCUGGGAAAGUCAUUGAAACUAAUGCAAUCUCGAAGUGGGAAUUUGCAUAGUGAAUUGUCUUGUGUGAAAUAGAUACAAAUAUUAAAUAAAAUUACAUGAAAACACACACACACACACACACACACACACACAAUUUAGAUUCAAAAGCAUUGUUUUGGAAGAGAAAAAAGUCCCUUAAGAAAAGUAUAGUAAUAUAAAUAAAUUGUGCUUAUAUAUAGAGAGAAAGCAGACGUUAUUUUAUGGUUAUAGUUCAUAAAUCAGAUUUUAAUGGGCACAAAUGUUCUUUCCUAAACCUUGAAUGCAGGCUGUGGCAUGUCCACCCCGGAGCCCUCGUUAGGAGGCACACCCUGUCCGGGGCCCUCGCCUGGUCCAGGUCCAUCUCCAGGGGCCGUGCUGGGGUCCGGACUGUCCCCUGGAUCCUCACACAGCAUGAUGGGCCCCAGUCCUGGACCAGCCACUUCCACAGGACUCUCCUUUCCUCCGCAAGCGUCUGUGGGAUACAGCCAGGAGAGUCUGCACCAGAUGCACAAGCCAGUGGAGGACAACCUUCCAGAAGACGCUCGCUUCAGUCAGAUGAAGGUGGUUCCGAUGAGGGCCGGUCACAGUGGGAUGACCCGUCCAGGGAGCCCGAUGGACCAGCACUCGCAAGGAUACCCAUCUCCGCUGGGAUCUUCAGAGCACAUGUCCAGUCCUGUGUCUACCAGUGGGCCUCCGUCAGGUCCUCUCCUGUCCACCUCUGGUUCACUGGACAGUGUGGACGGCCAGGCCCUCUUGCAGCAGAACCGUCCGGGAAGCCAAAGUGCAGCCCCGGGCUCCAGCAGCUCCUCCGCUCCGACACCCUUCAACCAGAGCCAGCUGCACCAGCUGCGAGCACAGAUCAUGGCCUAUAAGAUGCUAGCUCGCGGGCAGCCGCUCCCAGAACACCUGCAGAUGGCAGUGCAGGGCAAGCGUCCCAUGCCAGGGAUGCCCCAGGGUCCGUCUCUGAUCAGCCUGCCGCCCGGUGGAGGAGCGAUCACGGGCUUCAGCCGAGGACAUGGGUUAGUGGGACCCAACAUGCCUCCUCCUGGACCUUCCGGAGUCCCGGCUGGUGUUCAGGGCCAGAACCACAACGGGCCCCCGAAACCAUGGCAUGAAGGUCCUCUGGUCAAUGCAGUGACCCCCUCCAAUGCUCCUCAGAAGCUGAUGCCGCCGCAGCCCACUGGACGUCCCUCUCCCGCACCACCGUCUGUGCCGCCCGCUGCGUCUCCGGUCAUGCCACCACAGACCCAGUCUCCAGGACACCUGGCCCAUCAGUCUCAAUCCACCACCAUGGUGCCACUGCACCAGAAGCAGAACCACAUCACGCCCAUUCAGAAGCCCUGCGGUCUGGAUCCGGUGGAGAUCCUGCAGGAGAGAGAGUACCGACUGGAAGCUCGUAUCACUCACCGUAUUCAGGAGCUGGAGAAUCUUCCAGGGUCUCUGGCUGGAGAUCUGCACACCAAAGCCACGAUUGAGCUCAAAGCACUCCGACUGCUCAACUUCCAGAGACAGCUGCGUCAGGAGGUGGUGGUUUGCAUGAGACGCGACACGGCCUUAGAAACCUCCCUGGACUCAAAGGGCUACAAGCGCAACAAGAGACAGUCCUUACGUGAGGCGCGAAUCACAGAGAAACUAGAGAAACAGCAGAAGAUCGAACAGGAACGCAAACGCAGGCAGAAACACCAGGAAUAUCUCAACAGCAUCCUGCAGCACGCCAAAGACUUCAAGGAGUACCAUCGGUCCAUCACCGCGAAGAUACAGAAGCUGACCAAAGCUGUGGCCACAUACCACGCCAACACUGAGCGCGAGCAGAAGAAAGAGAAUGAGCGCAUCGAGAAAGAGCGAAUGAGACGCCUGAUGGCUGAGGAUGAGGAGGGUUACAGGAAGCUGAUUGACCAGAAGAAGGACAAGCGUCUGGCGUAUCUUCUGCAGCAGACAGAUGAGUACGUGGCUAAUCUGACGGAGCUGGUCCGCGCUCAUAAAGCUGUGCAGGCCCUGAAAGAGAAGAAGAAGAAGAAGAGGAAGAAGAAGAAGCUGGAGAAUGCGGAGGGCCAGUCGGGGGCCCUGGGGCCCGAUGGAGAGCCUCUGGAUGAGACGAGUCAGAUGAGUGAUCUUCCAGUGAAGGUGAUCCACGUGGACAGUGGGAAGAUUCUGACCGGAGAGGACGCUCCUAAAGCUGGACAGCUGGACACGUGGCUGGAGAUGAACCCUGGUUACGAGGUCGCUCCGCGGUCAGACAGCGAGGAUUCUGGGUCGGAGGAGGAUGAGGAAGAGGAUGAGGAAGCUCCUCAGCUGCUGCAGUCACAAACUCCUGCAGAAGAGAAGAAGAAGAUUCCUGACCCGGACAGUGAGGACGUGUCUGAAGUGGACGCCCGUCACAUUAUAGAGCAUGCUAAACAGGACGUGGAUGAUGAGUACGGCAGCGCAGUGUUUGCUCGUGGGUUGCAGUCGUAUUACGCCGUGGCUCAUGCGGUCACUGAGCGGGUGGACAAACAGUCGUCUUUGCUAAUCAACGGUCAACUCAAGCAAUACCAGAUCAAGGGUCUGGAGUGGCUGGUGUCUCUCUAUAACAACAAUCUGAACGGGAUCCUGGCGGAUGAGAUGGGUUUGGGCAAAACCAUCCAAACCAUCGCGCUCAUCACGUACCUGAUGGAGAACAAGCGUCUGAACGGACCCUACCUCAUCAUCGUGCCGCUCUCGACUCUGUCCAACUGGGUCUAUGAGUUUGAUAAGUGGGCGCCGUCUGUCGUCAAAGUCUCCUACAAGGGAUCUCCUGCUGCUAGAAGAGCCUUCGUCCCACAGCUGCGCAGCGGCAAGUUCAACGUGCUGAUCACCACGUACGAAUACAUCAUCAAAGACAAGCAUGUGCUGGCCAAGAUUCGCUGGAAGUACAUGAUCGUGGACGAAGGCCAUCGCAUGAAGAACCAUCACUGUAAGCUGACGCAGGUGCUGAACACACAUUACCUGGCGCCGCGGCGCGUGCUGCUGACCGGGACACCGCUGCAGAACAAGCUGCCCGAGCUCUGGGCGCUGCUCAACUUCCUGCUGCCCACCAUCUUCAAGAGCUGCAGCACGUUUGAGCAGUGGUUCAACGCACCCUUCGCCAUGACCGGAGAGAAGGUGGAUCUGAAUGAGGAGGAGACCAUCCUGAUCAUCCGUCGUCUGCACAAGGUGCUCCGCCCCUUCCUGUUACGCCGGCUGAAGAAGGAAGUGGAGGCGCAGCUGCCUGAGAAGGUGGAGUACGUGAUCAAGUGUGACAUGUCUGCGCUGCAGAGGGUCCUGUACAGACACAUGCAGGCCAAAGGAGUGCUGCUGACCGACGGCUCCGAGAAGGACAAGAAGGGUAAAGGUGGCACUAAGACUCUGAUGAACACCAUCAUGCAGCUGAGGAAGAUCUGCAAUCAUCCGUACAUGUUCCAGCAGAUCGAGGAGUCGUUUUCUGAGCAUCUGGGUUUCUCAGGAGGAAUCGUUCAGGGGCCUGAUUUAUACCGCGCCUCGGGGAAGUUUGAGGUGCUGGAUCGUAUUUUGCCAAAAUUACGAGCGUCAAAUCACAAAGUGCUGCUCUUUUGCCAAAUGACGUCUCUGAUGACCAUAAUGGAGGAUUAUUUCGCUUACCGCAGCUUUAAAUACCUGCGUCUGGACGGCACGACUAAAGCAGAGGAUCGUGGGAUGUUGCUGAAGACCUUCAAUGAUCCAGCCUCUCAGUACUUUAUAUUCCUGCUGAGCACCAGAGCCGGAGGACUGGGCCUGAACCUGCAGAGCGCAGACACAGUCAUCAUAUUUGACAGCGACUGGAACCCUCAUCAGGACCUCCAGGCGCAGGAUCGAGCGCACCGCAUCGGUCAGCAGAACGAGGUGAGGGUUCUGCGGCUCUGUACCGUCAACAGCGUCGAGGAGAAGAUCCUGGCUGCUGCUAAAUACAAGCUGAACGUGGACCAGAAGGUGAUCCAGGCUGGCAUGUUCGACCAGAAGUCGUCCAGUCACGAGCGCCGAGCGUUUCUGCAGGCCAUUCUGGAGCACGAGGAGCAGGACGAGGAAGAGGACGAGGUGCCGGACGAUGAGACCGUAAAUCAGAUGAUCGCGAGGAGUGAAGACGAGUUUGACCAGUUCAUGCGCAUGGAUCUGGAUCGCCGCCGCGAGGAAGCACGCAAUCCGAAGCGAAAGCCUCGUCUGAUGGAGGAGGACGAGCUGCCCACGUGGAUCAUGAAAGACGACGCCGAGGUGGAAAGACUCACCUGUGAGGAAGAGGAGGAGAAGAUGUUCGGCCGUGGCUCGCGUCAGAGGAAGGAGGUGGAUUACAGCGAUUCACUCACAGAGAAACAGUGGCUGAAGGCGAUCGAGGACGGGACCCUGGAGGAGAUCGAGGAGGAGGUGCGGCAUAAGAAAACCACUCGGAAGAGGAGGCGUGAUCGGGAUCCGGACGCCAUCCCGUCCACUUCAGGUGCUCGUGGGGGACGAGAGAGAGACGAUGACAGUAAAAGACACAAGAAACGAGGUCGUCCCCCAUCCGAGAAGCUUUCGCCCAACCCUCCGUCGCUCACCAAGAAGAUGAAGAAGAUUGUGGACGCUGUUAUUAAAUAUAAGGAGAAUAACGGCCGUCAGCUGAGCGAGGUGUUCAUCCAGCUGCCGUCACGCAAGGAGCUGCCUGAGUACUACGAGCUGAUCCGCAAACCUGUGGACUUCAGGAAGAUCAAGGAGCGCAUCCGGAGCCAUCGAUACCGCAGCCUCAGCGACCUGGAGAGAGACGUGAUGCUGCUGUGCCAGAACGCUCAGACCUUCAACCUGGAGGGAUCACUGAUCUAUGAGGACUCUAUCGUGCUGCAGUCGGUGUUCACCAGCCUGCGUCAGAAGAUCGAGAGAGAGGAGGAGAGUGACGGAGAGGAGAGUGAGGAAGAUGAGGAGGAUGAAGGCUCUGAUUCAGAGACUCGAUCUAUGAAGGUGAAGAUUAAACUUAGCCGUAAGGACAGAAGUGCAGAGCGCGGCAGAGGACGCAGGAGAACCGCAAGAACACGAGCCAAACCUGUAGUUAGUGAUGACGACACAGACGAGGAUCAGGAGGAGUUUGUUCAGGAUCGAUCCAACAGCGUCAGUGAGGAAGAGCAGGGAUGAAGAUCCACAGGAAACCACUAAAGAUACAAACACACACCUCACAGUAGAAGAACACGUCAUCCCUUCAUCAGCAGUAGAAUAAUCAUGCGUCACACUUUCAUCGUUCGCUCGUGGAGGAUGAAGGAGUCUCUGCCUGUACCCAGAGUCUUCAGACCCGGACAUCAUCAUGUUUCUGUGACACUGAACAUCAGACAUGGCUGUUUAAGAGUGAUCUCGUAUAACCCCAGUCACCGGUCAGGUGCACUAGUGUGUCAAUAGCACAACAUUAGCAUGGACAGUAGAUGUAAUAGAUUAGAAGCAGCCUGCUACUUACUUACUUAUAUGAUUAUUGUUUUGCUGUCCAACAGUGUGUGUGUGUGUGUGUGUGUGUGCACUACAAGAUCAGCUUUAAGGCCGUUCUCACACUGACCUGACGUUCACACUUCUUGCAGAGAGAAGUGCUCUGAAACAUGUAAAUGUGAACUCACCGGAUCGGAGCAGGAUCACGUGCUCGUUUAAACAAACGCAGUGUUCUUAGCUCGUAUUAACUGGAGUAACGGAGAGAUGCGCCGGUAACGGCUGCUGUCCGCUUGUAACGGUUGAGCCAGAUCUCAAGCAGCAGAUGCUGAACGGUUCAUUGAGAGACCGAAUCUCUGUCCGUGUGAACGUCUGUUUGUGUAGAUUAACGUUUUGUUUGAGCGUUUCUGUUUAUUGGUGUUAAAGCAGGGUUUCUCUGCUCUGGCUCAGAGUUCAGCUUCAACCCUCAUCAAACGAAUCGUGGUCUUCAGGAUCACGAGAGAGUUCAGUGAGUUUGAUCGAAGCUGGACCUGAACUCUGCAGGACGAUAUGCUGCUCUUCUCUAUAACUCUGUUCAAUCUGCUCUGUUACUGUAUGAAUCAGAUUAGUCCGGAAGUUUCUAGCGGCUCUUUAAUGGCAUGUGCUCUUACUGUAGUGAAUGUAUGUUUGUGCGUGUAGAUUUUCGUUCAAUAGAUGAAACCUAAUAAACAUCACAAGCUCUCGUGUGUG